AUGUUAGAAAAAGAGCAUCCCGUAUCAGGCUAUUGUGCUACUUCAUGGGAACUUAUUCAUCAUUUAUUUCAACAAAACUUUAUUGAUCAUCUUGACAUUGGUGCUACACUCUGCAUUUAUUAUCAAGGACAAUGCGUUGUUAACUUAGCUGGUGGAUGGUUUGAUUUAGAGGAUCGUACCAAACAAUAUACUCAUGACACAUUGCAAUGUGUUUAUUCUACAGGAAAAGGUAUUAUGGCUACAGCUUUAGCCAUAUGUAUUGAACGAGGAUUGUUGGAUUACGAAGAACGAGUAGCAACAUAUUGGCCAGAAUUUGGACAAAAUGGAAAGCAGAAUGUAAAAGUCAAAGAUUUACUGUCACAUCGAGCUGGUCUAGCGGUAAUAAAUGAUGAUGAUGGCAUUUUGAAUGCUGAAGAUAUUCUUACCGAUCCAACGAAAAUCAUUGAUCUUCUAGUCAAGCAAAAGCCAAAUUGGGACCUUGAUGUCGAUGGUCAUGGCUAUCAUGCUUUGACUUUUGGUUAUCUAACAAACGAAUUAAUUCGUCGAAUUGAUAUUGUUAAACAUCGAUCAAUGGGACAGUUUAUUCAGGAAGAAAUUGUUCAAAGGUUAGAAGAUUGUGAAUAUUAUGUUGGCACUUGUUUACCUGAACAAUAUUUAGCUCGAAUAUCACCAUCCAUAUUACCACGAGAAACAAAUUCUUCUGAAAAUCAGUCAGAAUCAAGUUCACUACAAACUCGAGCAUUCACAUUCAAUAGUCUUGCACUAUCGUUACCAAUCGAUGGCAACGACAAGCGUUUAUCAAUCAUAAAUGGUUUUACAAAUGCCCGAUCAUUAGCACAAAUUUAUGCUUCCUUAUUAUUCACUAAAAAUCUCGUCAAUUCGACGACUCUAGCAAAAGCAAUAUUGAACAAUACACCUGAAAAUGAAUGUGAUCAAAUUCUUGAUUUUAUACCAACAAAGUUUAGUCAAGGUGGUUAUAUGUUAGAUGCAACAGUAGUGAAACAAUUUGGAAAAGUCUUUGGACAUUGGGGUAUAGGUGGAAGUAUUGCAUUUGCCUGUCCUGACAAGCAAUUAACGUUUGCCUAUGUACCAAAUAAAUUGAAUUUUGAUAUGAGUAAAACACAACUACGUGUCCAACGAAUUUUAGAUGCUGUUCAGACUUUGAUUGAUUAA